AUGAGCUAUCUAGUGGAAUCGGCCGAAGAAAUCAGCCAUUUGUAUAGGAAACUCGCAGAAGUCAAGAGGAAACAAGGAUUUGAGGAUACCCAUAAAAUCAACUACCCAAUCAAACAUCAUUCCAUAAAACACAUCGAAGUCCUUCCUAUGAUCAGCGACUAUCACUCAGUGAAUCAGGAACGAUCAAGAUCAAGACCGAAAAGGAUGGAAAAAGAUGAGCCAAAUAAGGACAAUGUGUUACAGUCAGCCAUCGCUCAUCACCCUGUUCAUGGAUUUCUCCAUGAGAAGCCACUUUCGAAAGUAGCCUUAUCGGAUCUGAUGAACCUGCAUGGAGGUGUUCAGCAUCUUCACGGUGGACGGCGAUAA